AUGUCUGGAGAAGAAAUUCUGUUCAGGGAUGGAAAGUCAAAUAUUGAAAUUGAGUUAGACACAUACAAAGGUCUCCCUCGUCCCGAUUCCUCAAACACUGAUAUCAUAAAGUGGUGGGAAGCCCAUGCCAAAAGGAUUCCACUACUUUUCCAAGUUGCAAGAAAAUACUUGGCUAUUCCUUUAACUUCUGCAUCAAGUGAAAGAGUUUUCUCAGCUGCAGGCAGUGUGGUCACUGAUUCAAGACUAAAAUUAAAUCCCCAAAAUGUUGGUAAAAUUGUUUACCUCCAUACCAACAUUGGAAAGAUGGAUAUGGCACGAUCUGCUUUUACAAUUGAAACAGCAGAAGAGGAAACAGAAAAGAAAUCCAAGACCUACCAAAAAAGUCAAUCUGCUGUUACUCCACUACGACAAAACAAGAGGAUCCGAACAAACAUUGGUUCCAAUGAUAUUUCUGAUAAUUAA